AUGGGCUCCGUGCGUACCAAAAUCUUCCUGAUGGUAUCGCUGCCUAACGACCAUGAUGCCAAUCAACCAAACGUUGGACAGCAGCAUGAUGUAUUGGGAGACAUGAAUCCCAGUGUCGGUGUCCCUGCUCCUGUCCCUGCCCUCCCCGACUCUCCCAUGUCGGUGCCUGCUAUCCGUGACCCGGACAGGAAUGAUAUUAUCAUGGGUUGUCGACACUACUGGUCUGAGUUUUGUGGUAACACCCGGGAUGAGAGGCAGUGUGAACUAUGCCGAUACUAUCUUCCCAAGGUGGUGUGGAUCUGUGUCCGUGAUUGUAAGAUAAAAAUUUGUAUGCGAUGUCGCAGAAAUAACUACUGGGUUGGGUCGCUGUAA